GACAUUCACAUGACUUUAUCUGUUUAUAACUGUUUAUUGUUGUUCAUUGUUCUAAAUUUAUUUCAUUCUCCAUCUUUUAAACCUAAAUCGCCGUAUUUGGAGAACGGAAUCACAUCUUAAAAGAACAUUUUAAGCAAGCGAUGACUUUCCUGUUCACGGCAAAACUUCUCGCCAUCUUUUUAACAACAAUUUGGAUCGCGCAAAGUGUGGUUCUAUCAAAACCCUUUGAAGCCCAAAGCGAUGAGAAAGUUUUCCGUUUCGCCAAUCUUUACGGUAAUCACAUGGUUUUACAGCAAGCUCCUCAUCGUGCGACCGUCUGGGGCUACGGGGAACCUGGCCAGAUCGUGAAAAUUACGCUUGCUCCGGAACACAUGAUGAACUCGAAGACUAUUUACAAAACUUCCGUUUCCAAGGCGUAUGGCUCAGGUGAUGCUGGUGUGUGGAAAGUGGCAUUAGACCCACAAAAGGCUGGAGGUCCAUAUACAGUUCAUGCCUCAUCUGUGGUUAAUGGGUCUGCUGUGGAAAGUCUACUUUCAGACGUGCUAUUUGGAGAUGUCUGGGUGUGCAGUGGACAAAGUAACAUGGACUUUUCUAUCACACAGACUAACAACCCCAAAGAAGCAGCAGCUGAGGCCAACCACUAUCCGCACAUCAGGCUCUUCACUGCAGAGAGGUUUAACUCCACUUCACCCCUCUAUGAGCUAAAGGCAAUCCGUCAGCUGUGGUCUGUUGCCUCAUCAGCUAGCAUAAAUGGCGGAGCGUGGAAGUACUUUUCCGCCGUGUGCUGGUUCUAUGGGAAAAACCUGUUUGACCGGUUACAGUAUCCCAUUGGACUCAUAUCGACCACGUGGGGAGGGACGGCUAUCGAGGAAUGGUCAUCCCCGGACUCCCUCGCCAAGUGUGGGAUCCAAUCCUUCGACUCCAGUAAAGUAUUCCACGCCGCUGAGGAGAAGACUCUAGGUCCGUUCCCUAACGGCGGCUCCGGCCUGUACAACGGCAUGGUCCACCCCUUUCUCAACAUCUCCAUAUAUGGUGUUAUCUGGUACCAGGGCGAGUCGAAUAGCGGAGCCCCGCAGACGUAUAACUGUACAUUCCCAGCCAUGAUCGAGGACUGGAGGCGCAAGUGGUUCAGCGGUACUUCACAUGACACAGAUCCCGAGUUCCCUUUCGGGUUUGUUCAGCUUUCCAGCUACACAUCCGACCCAACAUUGAUCGAUGGUUUUCCUGCCAUUCGUUGGGCACAAACUGCUGACCAAGGCUACGUCCCCAAUUCGAGCAUGCGUAAUGUUUUCAUGGCGGUUGCCAUGGAUCUUGGGAACGCGACUUCGCCCUACGGAAGCAUUCACCCUACCGACAAACGAGACGUUGGGUUCAGACUGGGUCUAGCCGGGCGCGCAAUCGCUUAUGGGGAGCCUGGUGUCUAUCAUACGGGACCUUUGAUUGUGGAGGUGAAGUCACAUGCUUCCUCAAAAGACGGCUGGGGAGUUGAGCUUGCUUAUACAAACGUCGGCGUAGAAGGGUUGGAAGUCCGACAAGCUGGAGGAUUUGAGCUCUUCUGCAAGUCUUCCUCCAAAUGGCUUCCCGCCAAAAUCACUGAAAGUGCUUUCUAUACCGUGAGCCUGCAAGGCGUAUGUCCAGCGGGUCCUGGUGACGUCACGGCCGUACGGUAUGCGUGGAGGACGGAUCCAUGUGAUUUCAAGAAGUGCGCUGUGUACAGCAAGGCCGAGGAACUACCGGCUGGUCCUUACAUAAAGUAUGCACCUUUCUAAGAGGACGUACUUCAUCUGCUAGGGACUGGUCCGAAUCUUUUAACACCACAGCGAGUGUGAGAGAAUCGGCGGGAGAUGGUAAACAUUUGUCAAACUCUUAGAUUGUUUUAGAUUUGGAAUCACUCAUUUUAUUUAAGAAGAAUUUUAAUGAAAUUUCGAUUAAAUGUUGAUUCUUUCAAAUUUGUGGAUUGUUUGCUUACAGGCCCUUACGUUUAUAGAUUACAAAACACUCUAUUUAUCGAGAAUUUUUUAUUGAAUUUUAUUAUGCGUUUAUAAAUGAAAAUGUAUGUGCAUGGCACUCUACAUGGUUUUGUGUUCUUUUAAUUGUCACUGACAUUAGCAUAGCCUUGUUGAUGACUUGUGUGCAUUUCUACAACAUUUGUUUUGCUUUUGAUUAUUCGUAUUGUGAUGUGGAAAGUGUUAAGUGGUGUUGUUGUUUUUUCAGCUUUUGUCAACCGCCAUUUUGUCAUUCUAGCAAAUUACCGAGAAAGCAUCCAUUUUUAUCGGUUGAUUUGCUGAAACGAGUAUUUCUUCGCAAUUUGCCUCCCAAUGCUUAAUGAAAUUAUAACAACUGUGUGACCGACUAAUACCCCUUAUAUUGAAUAAUUGAUAUUUAAUAGAAACAAUUCUCAACCCCAAUAAAUUACCAUGUGUCAGAA